GCCGCGGCUGCCGGGGCCGCCUCCUCCGUCUCCCGGCGCGGCGCGGCGCGGACGGCGGCUCUCCGUGCGCCGGCGGCCAGCACCGGGUUCUCCACGUGCAGCUAGAACACGAGCGUCACAAUGUGUGGUAUCUGGGCCCUGUUUGGGAGCGAUGAGUGCCUUUCUGUGCAGUGCCUAAGUGCCAUGAAGAUAGCACACAGAGGUCCUGAUGCAUUUCGUUUUGAGAACGUCAAUGGUUUCACCAACUGCUGUUUCGGUUUCCACCGGCUGGCGGUUGUUGAUCAGUUAUAUGGCAUGCAGCCUAUCCGGGUCAAGAAAUUCCCAUACCUGUGGCUGUGUUACAAUGGAGAAAUCUACAAUUUCAAACAGCUGCAGAAGCAGUUUGGAUUUGACUAUCAAACAUUAGUGGAUGGUGAGGUGAUCCUUCAUCUCUACAACAGAGGAGGAAUAGAACAAACAGCAUCCAUGCUAGAUGGUGUAUUUGCUUUCAUUCUUCUGGACACUGCAAACAGAAAAGUGUUUCUGGCAAGAGAUACCUAUGGAGUCAGACCACUGUUCAAGGUGCUGACUGAUGAUGGAUUUUUGGGUGUCUGUUCUGAAGCAAAAGGACUUAUCAACUUAAAGCAUUCAACAUCCUUAUGUUCUAAAGUAGAACCAUUUCUUCCUGGUCAUUAUGAAGUGUUGGACUUAAAGCCCUCUGGCAAGGUUGCAUCAGUGGAAUUAGUAAAAUUUCAUAGCUGUAAAGAUGAACCACUCCAUGUUGCAUGUGAUACAGUGGAAGCUCUGCCUUCAGGUUUUGACCUUGACACAGUGAAAAGCAACAUCCGUAUUCUCUUUGAAAAUGCUGUUAGAAAACGUCUGAUGGCUCACAGAAGGAUUGGCUGUCUUCUGUCAGGGGGCUUAGAUUCCAGCUUGGUUGCAGCUGUUCUUCUGAAACUCAUGAAAGAAAUCAACAUCAAUUAUCCAUUACAAACCUUUGCAAUUGGAAUGGAAAACAGUCCUGACUUACUUGCUGCCAGAAAGGUAGCAGCACAUAUAGGCAGUGAACAUCAUGAAGUAAUACUUAAUACUGAGGAGGGGAUUCAGGCAAUUGAGGAGGUUAUCUUCUCGUUGGAAACCUACGAUAUAACAACAAUAAGAGCUUCUAUUGGUAUGUAUCUUGUCUCCAAGUAUAUUCGGAAGAAAACAGACAGUGUGGUCAUUUUUUCAGGAGAAGGAUCAGAUGAGCUGACACAAGGUUAUAUAUAUUUCCAUAAGGCACCAUCUCCUGAGGAAGCUGCAGAAGAGAGUGAGAGGCUUCUGAAGGAGCUCUACCUGUUUGAUGUACUUCGUGCAGACAGAACUACUGCAGCACAUGGCCUUGAACUGAGAGUCCCAUUUUUGGAUCAUCGGUUUACUUCUUAUUAUUUAUCUCUGCCAGCAGAACUGCGAGUCCCAAAGAAUGGAAUUGAAAAAUACCUUUUAAGAUUGUCCUUUGAGGAUUCCAAUUUACUUCCCAAAGAAAUUCUCUGGAGACCCAAAGAAGCUUUCAGUGAUGGUAUAGCAUCAGUAAAGAAAUCCUGGUUUUCCAUUCUUCAGGACUAUAUUGAUCAACAGGUUGAUGACCUUUUACUGGAGAAGGCAGCAGAGAAAUAUCCUUUCAAUCCUCCUAAAACAAAAGAAAGUUACUACUACCGCCAGAUCUUUGAGAAGCACUACUCAGGGCGGAGCAGCUGGCUGCCCCACUACUGGAUGCCAAGAUGGGUUAAAGCCACUGAUCCUUCUGCACGCACAUUGAAACAUUACAAGUCAGCUACCCAAGAAUAGACUGUUCAAAUAAUCCCCAAAUAAAAGUGCUGCAAGUGUUUUGUGUGCACUCUGCUUUAAGAAAACCAAACAAAUUAUGCAAACCUAAAGCUUAAAUCAUCUUUAAGAUGUACUUUGACAAUGCUAUUGGAAAUGAAAGCUUUCUGUUCUUAGUGUACUAUUAAAAACUUAUGCUGCUGUACCAAAACUUUGUAAUUCAUGGGAAAAUACUUU